AUGACAGAAUCAGAUGUAAUAAGCGUUUGUAAAACGAUUUUCGCGUGGUUCGGGAUACUGAAAGUCGUUCGUAGCGACAAAGGCCCACAGUUCGCAUCGGAAUUUAAGAAGUUCGCAAGCAGGUACGAUUUCAAGCACGUAACAAGUUCGCCACAUUACCCACAGAGCAACAGGUGUAUCGAAGCGGCGGUGAAAAUUGCAAAGAACAUUUUGAAAAAGUCAAGCGACAUAAACUUGGGCCUGCUGGCGUAUCGGACAACACCUCUUGAAAAUGGAUUCUCCCCGGCCGAGCUCAUGUUCUCACGGAAAAUCCGCUCCCCGUUGCCUGUUGUUCCUGCUCAGUUGGGAUCGUUCCGAAUGCACGAGGAGAUCGUUAAGAGGGAAAUGGCAGGCAAGGAGAAGCAAGCCGGCAAUUACAACAGGAGGCAUGGAUUUAAGAAUUUGUCUGCGCGUUGU